AUGGAGCCUUUUUUUUUUUUUAUAGUCAACGCACACACUUCCACAUUAUCUAGACAUAUAUAUAAAAAUAAUUUCAAUUCAAUGGAUUCCGAUAACACAAAAAGAACAAAGGUAAUAUGGCCAUCUGAUAUUGGGAAUGAAUUAUUUGAAUACUAUGAAAAAUAUAGGGCAUCAGGAAAUUAUGCCAAUCAAAGAGAAGUUGUAGAAGCAUUAGCUGAAAUUGAAAGAUUUAAAUCAUACACUCAAGAUCAAAUUUUUUCAAAAGUUAAAAAUAUGUCCUCAAGAAGUAGUAAACAAAAUUAUUCAAAUACUCCAACAAAAGAAGGUGAAAUUUCAAAGAAAGUAACAAUAGAAACUGAAAAUGGUAUUUUAACACCCGAUAAAAAAAAUGAAAUUGAAAGUAAAAAAAGGAGACAAGAUUCACCAAUCUUAACCACACAACCACAAAUUUUAAAAAAAAGACAAUUUAAAAAUAUUGACGAUGAUUCUGAUCAUGUAAUCACAAGAAAUGAAUAUUAUUUUCAAGAUGAUGAUUCUGAAGAUUAUAAUGAAGAUUUUAAUGAUUUAGAAUUUAUAACUACUUCAACCACUACAUCUUCUUCAAAGAAUAAUGAAAUUAAUAAUAAUAAUAAUAAUAAUAUCAAUAAUAUCAAUAAUAAUAGUUCAAAUAAUAAUAAUCCAAAUAAUAUCAAUAAUAAUUCAAAUAACAAUAAUUUAAAUAAUAAUAAUAAUAAUAAUAAUAAUUCACACAACAAAAUAGAUCAUCAAGAAUUAAUGAUUUCAAAAGAAAAGAAUAAAUUUUUAUCGGAACAAUUAUUGAUUUUAAAAGAAAAAAAUAAAUAUUUAAAUGAUCAAUUAUUCAUAGAGAAAGAGAGUAAUAAAAAUAGAGAUAUUAUAAUAUCAAAACUUAAAAUAGAAAAUCAAUCACAUGUAAAAAAGAAUCAAUUACUCGAUGAAUUGGGUUAUCAUGAUUCUGUAAGAGUAUUCUCAUCAAAUUCAAUCAUUUCUAAAAGGGAUGACCAAGGUAACUUGGUAUACUUCUUUCCAAUUCUUUCUCAAAAUGGUACACAAUCUUUAAAAAUAGUUUCACCAAAUACAAUAACAGGUUCAAUACCUACACCUAUAAUUUCUCAACCAACUUCAACCUCAACUUCAACUUCAACUACAACUUCAACUUCAAUUCCAGCAAAUAACUCGAUUUCAAAUUCAAAUUCAAAUUCAAAUACAAAUUCAAAUACAAAUUCAAAUACAAAUACAAAUGAAAAUAUAAAUACAAAUACAGUGACAACAACAACAACACCAACUUCUUCAGCUCCAUUGGUACCAUCAAAUACAAAUUCAACAUCAAAUUCAUCAUCUUCUUCACCAUCACCACCAUCAACUUCAAUUACCCAAAUCAAUACUAAUACAACAACAACAGCAGCAGCAGCACCAACAACAACAACAACACCAAUUAUAACAUCUGGUGGCUCAACCCCAGUAUGUAAUGACUUUUUUAAAAUUAUAGUGGACGAGAUUGAAAAUGAUAAAAUUCGAACUCAAGUAUUUUUACUUAAAAGAAUCAAUGAUUACUCUCCACCUAUAGUUUGUAAGUAUGGUAAGAAAAUGGCAGUACAAAUGAAACAUAUACCACCUCCACCUAUUCAAAUUCCAACAUUUAGUGAAAGUAGUUUAAAAGAUCUCUAA